GGAGCACCUAUCUUCGAGUGCUGGAGAUCGUUUUCCAAAACACACCUUUGGUAGUCUCCACAUUUUCAAGCGCUUCCAAGAAGACGCCUCUACUUUUAUGAGGCUGGAAGUGGUAACAUGGCACAAUCCACGUCCAAGCUAUCGUCCCACGGAUUCCGGUUUUGCAACUGGGCCGGGCCCGGCGAGGAGGCAGCCACCAAAUUCGGCAUCAGCCAUGCUGUCGUCGUGCCUCCCAACAUACGCACCGUUAUCGUCGGUGGCCAGAUUGGGGUCAAGGACGACGGGACUGUGCCCACGGACCUCGCUGAAGAGAUUACCGAAGCGUUCGACAACGUAGAAAGGAGUCUGAAAGCGGCUGGCUUGGGGGACGAUGCCUGGGAGCAUGUCUAUUCGAUUACAACGUACGAGGUCGAGAAAGAUGGCCAAGGCAUUACCGAGGUGGUCUUGCCAAUAGCUAAGAAAUACCUGAAAAAAACCAAACCUGUGUGGACGGGCAUAACGGUCAAGGCUCUUGUUUUUCCCGGGCUCCAUAUUGAGAUUACAGUGCAAGCUUUCUUGCCUAACUCGGACAUUGUUGACACUAUGGACCCAUGAUCGUGGGUAGGAGUUUGCUGUUAUCACGUUUUAAACUUACACUUCCUAGUUACUAGCUCUCACCACGAGACUGAUCAAAUACCAAUAGCUAAACAUUGGCA